CCGCCAUAUUGAAAAUGUGCUUUCCUUUGCUUCGGUCUGAGAUCGUGUCAUUCGGUAAAUAGUUCGAAAAUGCCUCUUCCUCCGGCUCUUCAAGCUCGUCUUGCAAAGAGAGGGAUAAUUCAUAAAGAUAAAGAAAAAGCAGAUGAACCAAGUGGAGUCGAUGGACCCGUUAAAGGCUGUCCAAACACAUCAAACCCGUAUCACUCAUGUGUGGAAUAUUGUCGUAAGAGAUAUGGUGAAAAUGCAAUUGCUCCUCAAGUAAAGGAUUACAGUAUUGUACCAUUACCUGUUGGAUGGUACCUGGUACCUGAUCCCAAUAGUGGAUCCAGGUACUAUUGGAACACUCUUACAAAUCAAGUGUCAUGGCUUCACCCAUUAGAUCCUGAGGCAAAUGUAACUCUCCCUUCAUCUGUACUGGAUAAACAAAAAGAGGCCCAAUCAGAAGUUCAAGCCAACAGAGAAAUCCUUGCCCCACCAGGGGUGGACACAGAACAAGAUAAGGAACAAGUGCUGAGUAUUGGCAAACAUCCCAGUCUUAUGAAGGGUUCACAAAAACGACAAGAAGCAGCUGUAAAAAGAAAAAUUGAUAGAGAUACAAAGGCUGAAAAACGUAGAAAGUCAGAAGAAGUCGACCCAAUGGACCCUGCUGCCUAUUCUGAUGCUCCAAGGGGAACAUGGUCAACAGGUUUACUCAAGAAGGGAGAGGCAAAAACAGGUGUAGAUACAACUGCUAAUGGACCAUUGUUUCAAAUGCGACCAUAUCCCAGUCCUGGAGCAGUGCUCAGAGCAAAUCAGCAAAUAUCACAGAAAGGUGCUGUGGAGACUGCUGAGUAAUACUCAGUUAAAGUGCUUCUUAGUUGAACAGUUUUUUUUUCAUGGGAGUUGCAUGACACGUUUUUCAUGAAGAAAACUUUGUUUUAGGACUUUCCCUAGAAGGUUAGGGCCAUGUAAAAGCACUGCUUUGUAGCUUUUAUUUGGAAAGUCAAACGCUAGGAUUUUAACUGAAGAACUGAAAGGAAGAACUACAUUGAACAGUAUUUUAAACAGUACCACAACAAAGAACUGCCUAGUAACUUUUUGAAUAAUGACACACGGAGAUUUUCACCAAAUAGCGCAGAGUCAGAAAAUUUGAGUAACCACAGGUAAACUGUGAGGGCAUGACUAAGAAAUGGGAAGAAAUGAAUCUUUAAGUCUUUCUUGUGAGUGCAAAGAAGAUGCCAUUGCAUACACUGUGAAUAUUGUCAGUGUUAUUCAGUAUAUUACUAACACUUAAAAUUAUUAAAGUUAGUGAAAAAAAUCA